AUGGGGUCUUGCCAGAACCAACCAUGUGGAAUAUGUGAAGUCUGUCAUCCGACAGAAUCCAACUACACCUGUGUUAAAGAAGAUUUGACCAGCUGUCGGGAUAUCAAAAUCUGCAACAACGCCAGCUCAGACGGUCAUUAUCCUAUCAGGCCGGUGUUGCAUCGGAAAUCUUCGCUCAAAGUUUAUUGCCACGACAUGAACUCAAAAUAUCCUGGAGAUUACAUAACGCUCAUUCACGACAAUUUCUCACUAUAUCCUCCGAUAUACAAAACUUGUACUGACAUCAAUUGGAACGCAAAUAAACCAGGUGUUAUAUUUUACCACAAGAUACGUUUGGAACUUAUCCGUUUACGGGUAGUAGUGAAAGAUAGAACGUUUACCAACGUAAGUUGCGACUCGAAGCUCCUGGAAAUAUCAAAUCCGUCAUCGUUCCAGAAUUCAGGACGAACUUGUUCUGUUAAUCUGGAAUAUGGCACAACUGGUGAUUGUUUAGGUGUUAGCUGUAAUCAACGGAAAGGAAUUGUCCAGAUCGACUUGAGAGGAACAGGAUUAAUUGUUUCGCCAUCGGUGAAAUGGAUUACCGGUGGUCAUAGACCUCACAUUUCCUCUUCUCGCUCGCCCACCAAUGAUACCAUCAAAAUUGUCUGCGGGGGUACCUGUGGGUGGUGCAGUCCGGAAGGAGGCCUAUUUUUGGAACUGAAACCCUAA